CUUAUAAAAAGCGUUAGCCUGUGAAUUUAUUCUGUAACAUAUUAAUUAGGCAGAUGUCACUCCAUGCUCUGAGUUAUCUUUCCUUCAGAGAGUUUGGAAAGUUGUGAGGAGAAGUAUUGGAAUGUCGUGAGUUUUGAGAAAGGCAUAAGGAAGAAACAUCAAAUCGGAAUGAGUUCAGGCUUUAUCUCAGAAGCAGAACUCGCGGAGCGACGAAGGAUUCGACAAGAACAGUGGGAUAAAGUUCGGAAGCCAGGACAACCAGAAGAGUGUCCUGAGGAGGAAUAUGAUCCUCGAUCACUGUUUGAACGUCUUCAGGAACAGAAGCAGAAACGAGAACUGGAAUAUGAGGAAGCACAUAGAUUGAAGAAUAUGAUAAAAGGCCUUGAUGAUGAUGAGAUAGAAUUCUUGGACCUUGUCGAUCGAACAAAGCUUGAGGCAGAAAGACUGAAGUCACAGGAGGAAGCAAGAGAGAUACGUGACUUCCGCGAUGCAGUUGCCCGUCAGCAGGAACGCAGCAUUGAGGACAGAAUCAACUCCGAGAUCCGUUCGCGACCACCUUCCACUGCAUCUAGUCAGAGUUCUGCCAGCAGUCGCAGUUCUCAGGCACGUUUGCUAACUGGAGCAGUCAGGAAGCGCCGAGCACCAUCCCCUUCAUCAUCCUCCACUACAGCUGUUGUGGAUGGAAGCAACUCUCAGCCAAAAAAGAGACCUUUAGAAAACAGCAAUGAACAGAGUAAAACAGAAGAUGACAGUGGCAGCUCUUCAGAUCAUGCUGAACUCAACAGCCGUGAGACUGAACAAAAUACCUCUCCUGCUUCACAGAAUUCUGUCAAGAACAUCAGUAGUCUCCAUUGUAUUGGUAUCUUACCAGGUUUAGGUGUUUACCCUGACUCAAGUGACAGCGAGCAGAGUUCAGACACAGAUGCGGAGCUGACUCUAUCAUCAGGCUAUGACCUACUAGGUCGGAAGCUGGCUACAGGUGCCGGAGGUGCAGCUGCACGCAAGGCUGCACAGCAACAGGCCAAAGCUGCUGAUGCAUCGGGAAGUGAGGAUGUCGAUCCAGGUAGUUAUAGCAGCUGCAUUGAAGAUGAUGAAUAUUUCAGUGAAUGAAGACAUCAUGAUCCAAUCUGGAGCAUUCCACAGCUUCUAUCAACAGUAGUAAUGGAACAUAUGAAAGUCAGUUGUUUAAUAAUGUGUGUAUUUUGUUUUAUGUGCUUUCAGUAUGAGUAGAAAUAAAAACUGAGAUGCUAAUAUGCGUGAUACGUCUUAGGCAAUUGAUUCCAACCACUCAUUGUUACUGAAAUACUAAAAACAAAUGCAUAAAAUGUAAAACUGCCAUGUUUUAAAAUAUUGCAAUGCUCAUUUAAUUGCUUUGUUAUGUCUCCAAGCCACGUGUGAACAUUAAUGUCCAGUUAACACAUCCUUGCCCAGGCACAUUUGGCUUAUGUUGAUUUUGUUACAACCAAGGAUUAAUGUUAAAGUUGUUUCUUUGUGUUUGUCUUUAUUUCCUAUAUUUUGUAACUGUAACCUGAAUGUUUGUCUUAACAGUAUGAAAAUGAAAUAACUGCAUCCAAAAAUGUAUGUUUGAGGUUGAGUUCAGUUUGUAGAUAGAUUUGUUUUGCCUAAGGUCAUCUGUUGUAUGUGUGUAGAAGAUAUAAAUAGUGUAAUGCAUAAUCCUUACGACAGGAAACAGCAUUUGUACAUUCAUACACCAGAAAGAGUUGAAUAAAAAUAUAAACGUACAAUAAGUUUAUUUUUGAG